GUGGCUCAGGAGUCACAGGAACUGAUCACUCUAAAAUCUAUGAGAUGCAAAAAACUAUUCAAGUUCUACAAACUGAAAAUAUAGAAUCUACAAAACAAAUUCAAGAACUUGAGGAUAAAAUAAAAGACAUAAAUGAAAAAUUAUCUUCUGCAGAAAAUGACAGAGAUGUUUUAAGGAGAGAACAAGAACAACUAAACGUGGAAAAGAGACAAAUAAUUGAAGAAUGUGAAAGCUUGAAACUGGAUUACAGUACGUUGCAAUCUUAUGCUAUGAAGCAAAGUGAUUGUGUGACAGAAAAGGAAAGAAUUCUUCCAUCAGUGGAAAAAGUCACACUGCAAAAAGCACUGCCUGAUGCUGAAAAUGAAAUGAGACUGAGUAGUUUAAACCAGGAAGAACUUCAGAUAUCACUUUUAAAACUGAGCAAUGACUAUGAAGUAAUGAAAAGUACAGCUGCAAGAGAUAUGAGAUUGGAUUCAGACUUACAUAACUUAAGACUUAUUCUGGAGGCAAAGGAACAAGAACUCAAUCAGAGUAUUAAUGAAAAGGAAAUACUGCUAUCCAAGUUAGUAGAAUUAGACAAACAGAACCAAGAAGCUACAAAGCACAUUAUUUUGAUAAAAGAUCAGCUAUCAAAACAACAAAAUGAAGGAGAUAGCAUUAUCAGUAAACUGAAACAAGGUCUAGAUGAUGAGAAAAAGAUAGUUCAUCAACUUGAGGAUGAUAAAAUGAACCUUACUAAAGAGUUAGACAGACAGAAAGAACAGUUAAUUCAAAGUGAACUGGUCCUGAAUGAUUUGCAUUUAAUCAAGGAGGGGCUUGAGGAUAAAGCAGAAGGUUUAGCAGAUCAGCUAAGUAAAUCACAAAAAAAUAAUUCAAACAUCCAGAAGGAGAACCUUGAACUUAAGGAACAUAUUAGACAAAAUGAGGAAGAGCUUUCUAGGGUCCGGAAUGAGUUAACUCAGUCUCUUAAUCAAGACUCUAAUAGUACUUUUAAGGAUAAGUUACUUAAGGAAAGGGAAGCUGAAGUUAGAAACUUAAAGCAAAAUCUUUCAGAAAUAGAACAGCUCAAUGAAAAUUUAAGGAAAGUUGCUUUGGAUCUGAAAAUGGAAAAUGAAAAGUUGGUUUUAACAUGUGAAGAUGUAAGGCAUCAGUUGGAAGAAUCUGAAGCUGGGAACAGUCAGAUUUCUCUGGAAAAAAACACUAUUGUGGAGACUCUCGAAGUGGAAAAAGGACAGCUAGAAGCAGAAUUGUGUCAGGCUAAAGAGAGGCUGUUGGAAGAAGCAAGCAAGUAUGAGCAAAACAUUGAAGAACUAUCAAAUGCACAUAACUCGAGCACCUCUGCCUUACAGCUGGAACAUGAGCGUUUCGUUAAACUCAGUCAAGAGAAAGACUUUGAAAUAGUAGAACUCAAAAAGAAUAUUGAGCAAAUGGUAUCUCAACUGAAUAUAAUCAAGGAUCAUCUUGAAAAGGAAAUUAAACAGCAACAGAAGAUGAUUGAAGAUCAAAGGCAGAGGAAGAUUCAACUACUUCAAUCUUUACAGGAGCAGAAGAUGGAAAUUGAUGAGUUUAAGUACCAGCAUGAGCAAAUGAAUGUCACACACACCCAGCUGUUUUUAGAGAAAAAUGAGAAAAUUAAGAAUUUGCAAAAAGCACUCUCUUCUGAAAAAGUUGCAACAAUUAGAACUCUCCAGGAAAAUAAUCUCAGAUUCUCUGAUUUGAGUGCUUCCACCUCGGAGCUAGAAGGAAGAGAACAUGAACAAGCCGAUUCAGAAAUUAAGCAGCUAAAGGAGGAAAAAGAUGUCUUACAGAGGUUACUUAAAGAAAAAGACCUUUUAAUCAAAGCCAAAAGUGACCAAUUACUGUUUUCAAAUGAAAGUUUCACUAACAAAGUGAAUGAAAAUGAACUUUUGAGGCAGGCAGUAACAAACCUGAAGGAGAGAAUAUUAAUUUUAGAAAUGGACAUUUGUAAACUAAAAUGGGAAAAUGAAAAAAUAGUAGAAACAUCCAGGGUAAAGGAAGCAGAAUAUCAAGCAUUACAGGAGACUAAUAUGAAGACUUCUAUGAUGCUGCGAGAGAAAGAGUUUGAGUGCCAUUCGAUGAAGGAGAAGGCUCUUGCUCUUGAGCAAAUACUGGAAGAAAACGAACGGGUAUGUUCUGGUUGGAGUAUUGUAGAGGGAAUUAAGUCAAUGCAGGAGAAGACAGUUACAUUUCAACAGGAGAGAGACCAAGUCACGCUGUCCCUGAAUGAGAAACAAAUGGAAAACAAUACCCUACAGAAUGAGAUAUACUUUCACUUUAAAGAAACAGUUCAACAUUUAUGUAACAAAGAAUUACGGUUAAACCAGCAGCUAGAGAGAUUGCAUAAUCAUCUUUUAGAAUCAGAAGAUUCUUAUACCCGUGAGUCUUUGGCUGCUGAAGAUACAGAGGCUAAACUAAAAAAGAAAGUCACAGAAUUGGAGGAAAAGCUAGUUUCAUCCACUAAUGCAAUGGAAGAUGCAAGCCAUCAAGCCAGCGUGCAGGUAGAGUCGUUACAGGAGCAACUGAAUGUCGUCUCCAAGCAAAGGGAUGAAACUGCACUGCAGCUUUCGGUCUCCCAGGAACAAGUAAAGCAGUAUACUCUAUCACUAGCCAACCUGCAGAUGGUCCUAGAGGAUUUCCAAAAAGAGGAGAAAGCUGUGUAUUCUGCUGAACUAGAAAAGCAAAAACAGCUUAUGGCUGAGUGGAAGGAAAAGGCAGAAAAUCUGAAAGGAAAAGUGGUGUCAUUACAGGUUUUCAUCUCCGAAUGAUGUUGUUUGGUUUUGCAUAUUUUUGAAGUCUUUAUAAAUGAAAGUUGAACUGUAUGUAAAUCAAAUAAUUCUUCUGAGACUUGCUUCUUCAGCUAUGUUACUGUGUGUAGAUGGUUCAUUAUUUUU